UCAAAUCGCCGCGUCGCCCCGUGCUAAAUUACAUUUAGCCGUUUCGCUUCCCACCUAAUAAAAAUUCUUCACUCUAGAAGUCACUUUUCAAAUGAAAUACUUGAUUUUUGCUUUGUUGGCUACAUCAGUGGCUUGUCGGUUCAGCGAAGAUUUUUACAACAUUUUAGCCAAGGAGAAUGCGAACAAAAAUCUUGUUAUUUCACCCGUCUCAGUAGAAAUUGUAAUGAGCUUGGUCUACAUGGGAGCAUUGGGUAAAACGGCUCAAGAACUGAGAAACACUUUACAAUUACCUACAGAUAAAGAUGAGUUGGCCAAAAAGUACUGGCGGUUCUUUGGAAAUAUGCGAAAGCUUGAAAGUUCACACAAUCUUUAUCUGGCAAAUCGUAUAUUCGUCAACGAGAAAUUUCCCCUUGUGGCGAAGUUUGUUCAGACGGUGCGAAAGUCCUUUAAGACCAGAACCAGGAAAUUCAACUUCGAUGAUCCUGAUAAGACGGCCUUGAAGAUCAACCGUUGGGCUGCUUAUGAGACUCACGGCAAAGUCCAUGACAUAAUAUCACCCGUCGAUAUAAGUCCUGAUCUUAGCGUUAUUCUGGUAAAUGUAAUUUACUUCAGGGGCAAGUGGGAACAUGAGUUUCCGGCAAACCAAACCCACACUGCAGACUUUCAAGUGUCCAAGAAUGAAAUCACUCCGGUUGAAGUGAUGACCAUGUCCGGUACCUUUUUGGCUGCUAACUUGGCCGAAUUGGAUGCCAAGGUAAUCGAGCUGCCGUACCAGAAGUCAAACCUAUCAAUGCGCAUCUUUUUGCCCAACAGAGUGGAUGGUCUAAGCAAACUGGAAGAGAAAAUAGCAGGAUUCUCUGGGCCAUUGAAAGAAACUUCUGUGAAUGUUUAUUUGCCCAAGUUCGAAAUAGAGUUUAGCACGCGACUCAAAUCAAUUCUACAAAAGUUAGGAAUUCGAGAGGCUUUCAGUCCUUCUGCGAACUUAAAGGACUUAACGAGAGGACUUGGAGUGAAGAUCGAUAGCAUCCUGCAUAAAGCGUCCCUAAAAGUCUAUGAAAAGGGUACCAAGGCCUUGGGAGCCACAGAUGCACGUGUCCGCAAAAAGAAGUCUUUGGAUCAACUUAAAAAGCCUACCAUGGAUUUUAUUGCCAACCAUUCGUUUGCCUACUUAAUUCAUGAUCAAGAAACAGUUUACUUUCAAGGCCACAUUAUUGAUCCAAAAUUAAAUUCUGAUGAAGAUGAAAGUAAAGAGUACGAGAUAGCUGAAUCAUAUUCUGCAGAAAUAUAAACCCUUUUUUCACUUAACAAGUAUUUAUUGUU